AGCGUAUGAGCAUGGCAUUGCUGCCCCUGAGGAUCUCUUCACCAGGAAUAUGACUGUACACCACAACCAGCUAAUUCUGAUCAAAAUUAGAACGGAUGAUAUAAGGUUUGCUGAAAAGCCAAUUAUUUAUAAGGAGAAUGGCGAUGAAGUAGCAGGAUCUUACUUUGAUGAAGAGUGGACAAUGGACAAUUAUGAAACCUACACCCAUUAUAAAAUGUGGUAUGGACGCUUGGAGCACACAGAAGCUGGCUACUUUUACUACAAAGAUAUCGAUCGUGAACUGAUGCCAAACAUUACCUACAGGAGAUAUACUUGGGAUCCAUACAAUAGGAUUGAGUAUUUCCACAUACACGUCAUUGGUAAUCAGUUAUGA